CCUGGAAUCAGAUUUCGAAGGAGUUUAAUGCCAGCUACGAGAACUUGCCGCUGAGUGCCCCCUUCUCGGCAGACGAGCUGCAGUGGCGUUGGAACUUGCUGCUACCGACCAUGGGCACCCUUUCGAAGGCGAAGGGACAAAUUCCCUUUCAACUGUGGUCCCUUGUGACGGAGAUCGAACGCUCGCUAAGUACAGAAAAUUUGGAACCACCCAGGGACUUGAUUAUGGCCCAGAACUUUCUACUCACUCAGCUGCCAUUGGUGGAGGCCAUGACGCUCAAUGAGCGUCGGCGACUGGAAGUCGUGUUCCUCGAUAUCUUAUUCUAACACGAAAUGGAGACACAUGCGUCCGUACCACUGGGUCCCGAAGAGCAGGCCACAGUCAAGACCGAAUACGAUGAAUUCCUCAGAUCUGUUCGGGUCAAGGAGCUGCCCAUAUCGGCUCUGGCACAACUCUCGCUUGAUGGUCCUCAGUACAAACCAGUCCAACCAAAAAUCGCACACACUUUUGCCAUCCCAGGUCCCCGUCCCAAAACCAAUCUGGCCAUUAGCAGUGUGUCUGGUGGCCAGGAUCUCAUUAAUGUCCCGACGGCGACUGUUUUCAUUCCGAUUCAAGCUUUCACGAGCAAUGUGGUUGGACCCAUUAAUCCCGCGCCGGACGUUUCGACACCGCUUGAUAUCAAUGUGAUUGGUGCCAAGAAGGAACCCGUUGAGUGCCCGCCGUCUGUUUCACCACCGCUGGACAUUAAGACAGAGGUGGAGGUGGCCCUUGCGGCCAUUGAGCUUGCCAUUGAGAUGGAAAAGGUACGGGAAAAUAACCCAGAAGAGGCACAAGAGAAAUCACCGGAGAAAAACCGCACUCCCGUGGAGAAGCCCGAUGAUGCCACUCUAAAUCCUAAUCCGCGGUAUAUACCGAUCAAGAGCGCCAAGUACUACACAAAGAAGCUACUCGUUCGGGUGAAGCGCAUUGAUCAGGACUAGUAUUUGCCGCUGUCCAGCAUGGCAAAGCGCCCAAAGAAACGUGAAUCCAUGUACAUCAAAUGCACAUAAGUUUAUUUUAAAAAAUACAUUACUAUAAAUUAC